AUGGCUCGUACUAAGCAAACGGCUCGUAAGUCCACUGGAGGGAAAGCGCCUCGCAAACAGCUCGCUACCAAGGCUGCCCGGAAAAGCGCGCCCGCCACCGGGGGUGUGAAGAAACCUCACCGCUACCGCCCUGGGACCGUCGCCUUGCGGGAGAUCCGCCGCUACCAGAAAUCUACUGAGCUGCUCAUCCGCAAGCUUCCCUUCCAGCGCCUGGUAAGAGAGAUCGCCCAGGAUUUCAAGACCGACCUGCGCUUCCAGAGCUCGGCCGUCAUGGCUCUGCAGGAAGCCAGCGAGGCUUACCUCGUGGGCCUCUUCGAAGAUACCAAUCUUGAAAAGGUUGUGAAGAUGUCUGGUCGCGGCAAAGGCGGAAAGGGUCUUGGCAAAGGCGGCGCUAAGCGCCACCGUAAAGUUCUGCGCGAUAACAUCCAGGGCAUCACUAAGCCGGCCAUCCGCCGCUUGGCUCGGCGUGGGGGUGUGAAGCGUAUCUCCGGGCUGAUCUACGAGGAGACUCGCGGGGUGCUCAAAGUUUUCCUGGAGAACGUCAUCCGGGAUGCCGUCACCUACACCGAGCAUGCCAAGAGGAAGACCGUGACCGCCAUGGAUGUGGUCUACGCUCUGAAACGCCAGGGCCGCACUCUCUACGGCUUCGGGGGUUAA